AUUCAGUUUUCGGAGAAACGCGAGCGCACGAAGUUCACGCGUUGCUCGUCGCUUCGUUGACGCGUGGUCGCCUAAAUUUUCCAAAACAAAAUUUUGUUUUCGAAUCGUGUUCGUUUCGCAAUUGGUGUCUUCGUACCGUGCACUUCUUAGUUAGAUCUUCGGUUGAAUCAUGGAAACAACUUGAUACUAUCUCUCAGCGUAGCGUCUUGUUCUCGUGUCUUUGUUUACAAGUGUCGAAGUGUCGUUAAACUCACCUGUCUGCCGCUGCACCUGUCCAUUACCUGUGACUUUCCAGCUUAUCAUGCUUCGUUCCAGCCGGUUUUAGUGUCUCGCGCCCUUAAACUACGAUUAAGAUAUUUUACCUAUUAAACGAACUGUGCGGUCUCUGAUCUGUGAUCCACUGUUUCCCUCUUGCCCACAGCAUCAGUCUAUUCUCAUGAAUUAUUUCUAUUUUGCCUGAGGAUUCGAUGUGCAUUUUAUCUAUUCCACCGUUCGGAUUUUAAUUCAUGCUACCUCGUGAAGGUAUUCCUCUAAGAGAUGGGGCUGUGUAAGUAAGUGUGUUCAUGUAAAGAGCACAGUUUGAAAUUCCUACCAACGCUUCAAUCACGCGCUAUAUUUACUACUGGAUAUUCAAAAUGGAAUUCCUUGUAAAUUUUCCCGGUAUCGUAUAAAUUAAGGGCCCUGUUGAUUUCUUAGUUAUCUGCUGAUUUUAUCUGUUAUUCAAAAUGGGAUUCUCUGUCAAUUUGCCCGGUAGAACAGCCCAUGAGGCUCUCCUUAAUCGUCAAGAUGCAGAGUUGCGACUGCUCGAAACGAUCAAACGCUGCAUUGCCAAUAAAGUCAAGUGCGAUAGAGAGUGGGCACAAACGCUGUCUUCGGUCGCGUCUGCCGGCAAUAAGAUUGAUCGUUCGGAGGACUUGAGUGGUAGUAUUGUUGUUCAAACGUGGAAAAGUGUGAUGGAGGAGUUGGAUAAUGUCGGUAAACUAGUGAAAGCCAAUUCGGAUCUGAUCGAGAAGGAGACGUUGGACAAGCUUAGUAGUCUUUGCUCAGAAAAGCGGAAAGCCAAGAAGAUGUGCCAAGAGGAACACAAUAGGAUUACCCUUCAAUUCUCAAACCUUUUGGAGGAGGUGGCGAAGAAGAAGGCUGAUUACAACAAACAUUUGGAAUUUUAUAAACUAAUGCGGUCGAGAUUCGAAGAGCACUACGUCAAAUCGGGACGAGGCGGGCGGAAACUAGACGAUGUGCGGGAGAAGUACCAGCGGGCUUGUCGGCGCCUCCACCUGGUCCACAACGAGUACGUGCUCCUCGUCGCGGAGGCGGCCGAAUCCGAGAAGGAUUUCCGAACGGUCCUCCUCCCCGGUCUUCUCGAGAAGGAACAGAAGAUGCUCCAAAAUUUCGUCGCCACCUGGAAAAGUGUCUUCAGUGAACUGAUAGAACAUUGGUCCACGAGUGCGCACCAUUUAGUCAGUAUGACGUCCAAAUCCCAGAAGUUUAUCGAGGAUAUCCAGCCAAGCAUCGAGUACAAAGACUUUAGUGAACAGUACAAAAAUGUUUUACCUGAACCUGUAGAUUUUUCCUUUGACUUGAGUCUAGUUGAAGAAUCAUCGGGUCGCCUCCAAGCGAAUCAACUAGCCGUCGAUAAUCUAACAAUAGAAUGGGUCAAAAACAAAUUAUCUGCCCUAGAAACUAAGCAUAAAGAAUGCUUAGACAAUUUAGCUUCUAAUAAAACUAAUGGGAACAAAGACUCUAGUAAACUGCCUUACAAUGAAUUACAAUGUGAGGAACGCAAACUUAGUUGUCAAAUGGAAACUAUAAAAAAAGCUCUCUCUGAUUUAGGAUGCGAAGAAUUACCCUCUGGCUGUGAUUUGCCUGGCAGCAAUUUGUUUGAUGAAUCUAUGAACACAACCUCUCGUCCGUCCCUGCUGUCGACAACGAAUCUGUCACUCAUCUCGUCAACGCAAAACACGAUUAUGGAUGUUCUCAAGAAGCCAUUCCGACGAAAAUCCGUUCUGAGCUCUCCCCUUGUAGGAUUUCGCUCGCUGACGAGCGCCCAGGAAAAUUCAAGCGCCAAGACUGCCCCUCCUCAGCUCAAUGGCCAAGCUGUGAGUUGCGAAAUGACCGGCAAUGAUGACCGGAUGAACUCCAUCGUAAUCGUGAACGUAGAAGCGCCAACACCUGUUCAGCCUGCGGUUCCUAGCUCUAACCCUGUUCCCUACAAGACUUCCAAUUCUAAUGCUAUCAGUUUUAGUGUGUCGUGUGAUCUGCCUGUUACUAACAAUAAUAACCACUCGAGUAUAUCGUCAACACGAUCGCUAGUGGAGGAAGAAUGGUUUCAUGGUGUUCUACCUCGAGAAGAAGUAGUCCGUCUCUUGACAAAAGAAGGUGACUUCCUUGUGAGGGAAACAUGCCGUAAUGAUGAAAAUCAAACCGUUCUCUCUGUGUGCUGGGGCGGCCAUAAACACUUUAUCGUUCAAACCACAGCAGAGGGUGAAUUUAGGUUUGAGGGUCCGGCAUUUCCAACCAUCCAAGAACUAAUUCAAUACCAGUAUCAAAGCGGACUUCCAGUAACAAGCAGGUCGGGUGCCAUUCUCCGUUCUCCUAUCCCUCGAGAGACAUGGGAACUCAACAACGAUGAUGUCAUUCUCAUGGAUAAAUUAGGAAGAGGUAACUUCGGAGACGUGUAUAAAGCACGCCUAAGGAAUACCAACCAAGAAGUUGCUGUUAAAACAUGUCGGGUCACUGUUGCGGAGGAGCAUAAGCGGAAAUUCCUGCAAGAAGGACGAAUUCUGAAACAGUACGAUCAUGCAAACAUUGUCAAAUUGAUCGGGAUAUGCGUUCAGAAACAACCCAUUAUGAUAGUAAUGGAAUUAGUCCAUGGAGGCUCUUUACUAAUGUUCCUGAGAAACAACGCAUCAAGUCUAGUACAAAAACAACUUCUUCAAAUGUGCCGUGAUGCAGCUGCUGGUAUGCGAUAUUUAGAAAGCAAGAAUUGUAUCCAUCGAGACUUGGCGGCCAGAAACUGUCUAGUCGGUAAAGAUGAUAUCGUCAAAAUAUCAGACUUCGGUAUGUCUCGAGAAGAGGAAGAGUACAUAGUUUCAGAUGGCAUGAAACAGAUCCCAAUCAAAUGGACAGCACCAGAAGCACUGAAUUUCGGAAAAUACACAUCUUUAUGUGAUGUCUGGAGCUAUGGAGUAUUAUGUUGGGAAAUCUUUUCCAGAGGUGGCACCCCAUACAACGGCCUCAGCAAUACAAAAGCUAGGGAAAAAAUUGAUGCUGGCUACCGGAUGCCAGCACCCGAAAGCACCCCAGAUGAAAUGUAUCGACUGAUGCUGCGUUGCUGGGAGUACGAACCAGAAAAACGUCCGCACUUUGAUCAGAUCUUUACUGUUGUUGACACGCUGUAUGAUGCCUAUUCUUGAAUCCUUAAAAAUUCAACCUAAUUCUCCUGUUUUACCAAAAUUGUAUCCUUCCCUAAGAGGAAAUAUUCGUAUUAAAAUGAAUUAGCGCUUAAUGAAAAGAAAAAUGAAUCCCGGUAUGUUCAUUUUCAUUUAGUAUUGACCUUAAUUGAUCUAUGCGUACCUGACCAGGGGUUAAAGUAGCAAGAAUGAAAAAACUCUCUCUUGCCAAGCAAAUUUUCAUUUAAUUUUUUAGGUGUAUUUGAGUUUUUUUUUUUAAAAAGAAAUAAUCGUCCAAAAAUUUUCUUACAGUAUCGUUUAUUUUACCGUAACUUAAUGUACCUUACUUUUGCGGAAUUGAGACCUUCUGCAUUCAAUAUCAAACAACUAUGUCAAUAUCUUGCCCUGUGAACUGUGAUUAAAUCUUUAUUCUACUCCAUUUUGAAAAAUAACUCUAGUAUCCCUGUUUCAGGGCAUAUGCCAAGCUAAGAAAAAUUAGGGAAAGUUGUAGCAAUUUUCUCUAUUUAAAAUUCAGGGAACUUUAUCCAAAGACUGUAAUUUUGUCCUCUAUUUCUCUACCUUUUAUAUUUUCACAAUGGUUAGAAAAGACUUCAAAAAGUUGUCACUGUGAUUAACAAAAAAAAAAUGCCAAGGUUUAAGGUCUAUUUAAAUUUAUCAGCAUAAAUGCCAUGUUUUUAAUGCAUGUUGGUACUAUUAAAUGAAAAUUCCAGGCAGAUUUUUCAUUUUAGUCAGGAAAUUUUUUAUUGAAUUUUAUGGACUUUACCAUGACUCAAGAUUCACUUGGUGAUAUAUUGUGGUUGUAUUUUACCAGAAAAUACUUCAGUCGCUCAAAAGUGUUCAAAAAAUGUUCUUAGAAAAUUGAGAUCAUGCUACACACAUGGUCCCAAAAUUCUGUUCAAUUAAAUCAAAGAUUAGUUAGCAUGCAACACUAAAUUAUUUUUAAGUGAAAAUAGGUUUUUUUUUAACCCCUAAAAGCCAAUUAUUUGUUCAGCGUUUUUAAGUGUAUUGGAAUAUUAUAAAUCAAAACAUAAGAUUCCGCGGCAGUAUCAUGGAUUCAAUGUUUUCUACUUGCAUUGUUCAUCAGAUUUAAAUGUUUGAAUUUUCUAAACUAAAAAUAAAAAAAAGUUGAUGAAAAAAGUUAAAAACUUACAAUCAUCAACAUUGAAAUAAGUAGAUUCACAUUUUUCUUAAAAAGGUUGGGACUCCUAUGGACGUGGAAGUUAUGAUACGAAAAUUUACAAUACCUGUUUUCCUUUUACUGUGCCCUUCACUCAUAAAAAUGUUUUCCUUAGAUUCAAACAUUUUGAAACGUCUGUACGGAUGGAAUUUUAUCAAACUUAAAUUUUCAACAAAAUUUUCCUUACUUAACUAAAUUGGUGCUGUUAAUUUUAGGCAUAUGGUGUUGAGUUUUUGAAAUUACCGUUUUUGCUCCUUUCCUUUCGAUCUUUUUUUUUAUAACUUGCGUUUUGAAAAACCAUGAUCCAUGGUUGCACAGUUUUUUAAUGUUUUCAGUUCAGUUUAAAAUUUAAAAUUUAAUCCUAUUUUUUUUUUUUUUUUCAAUUUACCCUUUUUUGUCCUCUUUAAUUGGCGUUCGCUCUCCCUUUUGUUAGUGGACGAACCUGCGAUUUUUUUUACGAUUUUUAUCAAUAUGAAAAUACUGGUGAGAGGAGGGUUUAAGUCAGUUCUCAGCGGAGCCUCAAAGAUUAGCUAGCUCAUAGCUUUAGCUCAGCUGUAAUUAUUUAAUUUUUUUUUUUUUUGAUAAGUAUCAUACCUAUUUGUAAGUAUCUCAGUGUAUAUAUUAAUACAGUCUUUCGUUUUUGUUAUUUUCUUAGCCAUAUAUCGAAUUUUCCCCUUUCUUGUUUGCCUUUUACAAGAGUCUAAGGGAAGGUUUCCUAAAAAUUCCAGAAGUCAAAAGCCCUUUUGCAAAGGACCCUUAAAAAUUUUGUUCGUUUUUCUAUUUUAUUAAUUUUAUUUGCUCAUUCUUCAAGUUUGUACCAAUGUAUUAAUUUAUUUGUUUACUAUACUAAGUAAUCAUCCUGUAUCGGUUAAUCUGUGAAUUUUAACGAUUUUGGCUUUUAUGUUUGAAUGAUCGAGUUUACAAACAAACCAAAUUUUUUAACAAUGUAUUCUAAGUAUGUCCAAGUUAACCCUUUUUGGUCGACUGUCGGGCGUAAUCUGACAAAAUUUUUGACAUGUUCUGGUCGGAAGUCGGGCCUGACCCGAAAUAAAUUUUAGCAAGCUUGCAGUCGUAUACUAAGCCUCAGUCGACCCACUUAACAAAACACAACCUCCCAAUAAAUAAGCCAAAA